AUGAGAGCUUAUAUAUACGAUGACCUUCCUGGCGACCAACGACAACCUCAUGAUUCCGGUAUCGAAAUCUCAAGUUCUGAACUUGAAAGAUUGGGUUUGGUAUAUGUGAACAUUCCAAUUGAUGAGGAAGGUCAAUGGGAAAAGGAGAUUGAUACAUUCGCUGAACAGAGAGGAUACAAAAAUAGAGAUAGGAUCACAGUGACCAAAGCUGGUCUUGGUGAAGCGUACGAGACUAAAAUCAAAUCUUUCUUUGACGAACACCUGCACGAAGAUGAAGAGAUCCGAUAUAUCUUGGAUGGCUCUGGAUAUUUUGACGUCAGAGGUAGCGGUGGAGAGUACGACGAGAGAUGGAUACGUGUGUCUUUGACAAAAGGGGAUUUACUCGUUCUUCCCGCUGGCAUCUAUCACCGCUUCACUGUGGAUCACGACAAUGCCAUCACAGCCAUGAGAUUGUUCCAGGAUGAACCGAAAUGGACCCCUUAUUCUCGUACUGCGGUCGAUACAGAUGUACGAGAAGCUCGUGCGAUUUAUUUGAAUCAAGUGAAACGUGCCGUCGGACUGGCUUGA